AUGCUACGGUGUGCGGCUCGGCUGCCGCUGCGCACGGUAGCGCUCCAACGGCGAUCGAUAGCAUCGACAGCUCCACGAGCUUCGGAUGCGCUCUUUGUGCAUCGAGACUCGGACUAUAACAACUCCAAGAUCCCCUUCGCUUUCACGCCCGAGUACAAAAAGAUGGCGGAUGAGAUCAUCUCUCGCUUUCCUGCUCAGUACAAGAAAGCGGCGGUGAUACCCCUGCUCGAGCUCGGACAGCGGCAGAACAAGGGAUGGACGAGCAUCAGCGUGAUGAACUACGUUGCCAAUCUGCUCGACAUGCCUCCCAUGCGCGUCUAUGAAGUCGCUACAUUCUACACCAUGUUCAAUAGAGAGCCAGUAGGCGACAACUUCAUCCAGAUCUGUACGACGACCCCUUGCGCUCUGAGGGAUAGCACGGGUAUCCUCAACACGAUCAAAAGUCAUCUCGGCAUCGAGUGUGGCGAGACGACAAAGGACAAGAAGUUCACUUUGGUCGAGGUCGAGUGCCUUGGCGCAUGCUCGAACGCGCCGAUGAUUCAGAUCAACGAUGACUACUACGAGGAUCUCACGCCAGAGACGACUGUGAAGAUUCUCAAGUCGCUCGAGGCGGGCAAGCGACCAAAGCCAGGCCCUCAGAGUGAGCGAAGGACUUCAGAGCCUGCUGGCGGCAGGACGAGCUUGACUGAGAAGCCACCUGGCCCCGGCCAAUUCUGUGUGCCCGAGUUUGCAUGA